UAUAUUUUUAGUUUAUGAACUCCUCACCUUAUAUCACAAGCAACUUCUCUGGACUGAACAUAAGACAGAACUCUUUCGUUAGCGAGUUCAGAGAAUGUGAAUCAAUUAUGAGAAACAGACAAGAGCGUUAUGAGAAUCAAACUGUAGGUGCUCCUCGCUUGCAAGAAGUAAACGCAAGUUAUAUUAAUUUCGGGUCAAGUCAACAGCAACAGUUUUCAAACUUAGAAAUGUCAAAUCAAAUGCUUCGUGUUUCUAAUUCGCAGUCUCCAGAAAUUGAGUGCAAUGUUGCUCUCACCCCUCAGCCUCCUGAUCAGUCGCCCUACGACUACCAAAUUGGCUCCGUUCAACAAAGCUACCAGACUAUUCGAUCGCCUAGCUUAAAUCAGUCACCCGGGCAGCAGAUAACCAUUCCAAAACCACCUCGAAAAAGCAGUAAGCAAUCCUCAAUGCAAAUUAUGAAUUCCAAUACAGGAAACUCGGCCUCGACAGGCGUGUGUUCGGUUUGUAGUGACAGUGCUUCAGGUCACCAUUAUGGAGUGUUUUCUUGCGAGGCAUGUAAAGCGUUCUUCAAGAGAACAGUUCAAGGCAAUAUUGAAUAUUCUUGUCCCGCCGAUGACAACUGCGAAAUUAGCAAAAACAGGCGCAAAGCAUGCCAGGCUUGCCGAUUCAAGAAGUGUCUUCUGGUCGGCAUGAUGAAAGAAGGAGUGCGGCCAGACCGAGUGAGAGGAGGUCGUCAGAAGUACGAGGCCAAUCCAGUCUGUUCACUCCUCGACUGCAGACUGAGAAGCAGUGCGCCCAGCGAAAUACAGGGAAUGAGAGCGAAUAUCAUUCGGAAGCUUCUUGAGAUUGAGCCACCCGUGGUGCAGUUGAACUUCAAAUUCAAAGACCAACUGCAAAUGAAGAAGGAAGGGGGACAUGAUCAUGGCCAUCCUCAUAACAUAUCAGCAGACACAUCCAACUACCAUCACUCGUCAUUUGAGAAUCAGAAGCAGUUCAAAACUGAACCAAACUACGGGGGUGGUGGUGGUGAAAUGGGGGAGCAAGGCAGUGACGGGGUGGGGGAGAGUAAGAGUACUGCUCUGGAGCAGGCGUUGUUUCUCGGACUUGUGGCAGACCAGUCUAUUGUGGAGACUGUAGCCUGGUGCAAACACAUCCCAGGUUUUGUGGAAUUGUCACCUGACGACCAACUGAGUCUAAUCUACAACAGCUGGGCGGAUAUUCUGAUUCUGAAUGUGGCCUACAAAUCAGUGAGCCAACUCAAAGACGACGAACCUUCUCAGAACUUCAGCUCGGUCACAUUUGCUGCAGAUACAAGUCUGGAUUCGGAAUUAUUAAGAGACAAAGCUCAUCUUCUGAAGUUUGUCGAGUUCUCUUUGACUACCAUUUAUAGAGUACAUCAAGCUAAACUCUGUGCAGAAGAAAGGGCUUUGCUGAAAACGAUGGCCUUAUGCUGCCCUGACGCGUUGCGUCUAUCAGCCGCAGGUGAUGUGGAAAUAAUGCAAGACCAAAUACAUGACGCAAUGCGAGAUUUCGUCUCAUCUAGGUACCCGAAUGAUAAGAACAGACUGUUCCGACUGAUAAUGAUUCUACCCACUGCCAGAUCGGCAGGCUGUAAGUUAAUUGAACUGUUGCAGAAAAUAGCGGCAUCUGGUGCGCUUAGCCGAACUGAUGAGAACGGCGAAACUGUGAGCUCGUAUAUUUUUAUGGAAAUGCUGCCAUUAAUAUCAUAAUUUGUAAAAAUGGUUUUGCUGUAAAUUAAGUGUCUAUCAAAUUAUAUUGUUUUUCAAA